UACAUAAACAAGUAAACAUAAAUCCAAAUACAUGAAAUAGUAGCAAAAUAUUCUGUUAUGAGCAUUAAAAGCAACCUUGCACUGCAAAAUCAGCUGAUUCGGUUGAAACGUCGAACAACAACAAUACACUCACAAAUAUUUGUGACCGAACCGAAAAGAAAUUGUCUGAAAUUUCCACUGGACACUGACAAUAAGUUAAAAUGGUUUUUUCUCGCCUUAUACGGCCAUUAUUGCUCACGCGUGGAGCCUUUGGCCGAUCACUAGGAGAACGUUCAAAAUUAGGAUAUAUGACACAAGGUACUCAUUUUCGCAGUGGUGCGUUGAAACCUAAACCUCAUCAAACACCAUUUGGCAUUGUGUUUGUUUUCUGUGCCGUGCUGCCUGGUCUCUUCCUUGGCGCUGCUAUAAGUAAGAGCGUGGCAAACUUCUUGGAGGAAAAUGAUCUUUUCGUACCAUCUGAGGAUGACGACGAUGAUGACGAUGAUUAAAACAAACAAAUUAAACGUCAGGCAUAUUAAGAAGAAAGCAAAUUUAAACAAUUUUUUCUUCAAUUAUAUUUUUAGUUAAGAAUUUCGUUUAGUUCAAUAUUUAUUAAAGCCUAUUUAAACUACUACCAAAAUGUGUAUAAUUAAAAAAGUUUGUUAUAACAAAAAAUGAAGUUGCUAUACCAAUACUAUCAA